UUUGGGUCACUGCCUUGGGCUGAGCUCUUCUUAACCAUGGGGACUCCAAAUGAUCAAGCAGUAUUGAGAGCAAUCUUCAGCCCAGACACCCCAUUUGGAGAUGUGCCUGGGUGGGAACUUGAAGAAGAUCAAAUAGAGAAAAAUCAGGUGGAAGAUGAAGAUGACAGCUUCCCUGGGGACCUGCUGGAACAAGCCAAGAACCUAGAGUUACAGGGGGUGACAGCGGCUGAAGCCGGCAACCUGAGCACAGCUCUUGAGAGGUUCAGGCAGGCCAUCAACCUACUGCCUGGCAGGGCCUCAGCCUAUAACAACCGAGCCCAGGCCCGAAGACUUCAGGGAGAUGUUGCAGGUAUCGAGGAGUCUCCAAACUCUAGCCUCUCGGAAUCCACCCAUGUUACUGAUCAUCCUGAGAACAACUUUCAGGACUUUCAGCGUGUCCUGCCAGUAUUGCCUUUUCUUCUCCUGUGUAAGCUUUUUCACAGCGGACAUGCAUAGUUAGGGUGCUCUGGUAUUUUGUAGUUGCUCCCUAUGGCAGGUAUCCAGUGAGCAGUGAAGAGGUUUGAGUUUGUCCUGAGGGGAACAGAGACUGCUAGAGUACCUCUUGGGUCCGGGCACUCCCAGGGGAGCUGUAUUCACCCCUUCUUUAAUACCCAUGACCUACUUUGGACAUUUUAGACCUGCUGAGAUAGACAUAGUCCUUUUGACCAAGUAUUCAAAUAAAAUAAAUACAGCUAGAAUAAGA